UUAUAUAAGUGUUUGGAAAGGGUUCAGUCAGAAUGACUGAGCAUUCAAUGUGAAUGCAGACUUGAAAACAAGGUCUUACUUUCAAUUUGCUUGUUUUAAAUUAUUGAAAAUAGUGUUAGGGUUGAUUCACACUCCGCGUCUGGACCGCGCGGAAAACGCGAGCCUCCAAAAAGUUGAAUAUUUCCGAAAUAUUAGCGCCGCAUCGCUGCCUGUUUGCGCGCGCAUUCAGCGUGUCUGCAUUUAAAAAAGACGCGAAAAGUGUUGCUUUUAGCUGGAUUUUGUGAAACUGUUGGCCUAUGUCACUGUACUUUUAUUACUACACACUUUUUGCACAUACCUUGGAUGUGUUUCAAAGUUUUUCUGCGUUUAUGUUUUGAAUGUAGACAAGUUUUCUAAACAGCUUUUACAUUAGGCUAUAACAGUUUUCAUGUAGUCUACUACUGUAGUAUACAGUAUUAAAAUCGUGUUGCUGUAGUUUACUUAGGGUUGGGUGCAAGGUUCACGUGUUUGAAUCCUUGGAAAACACAUGUACCUUGAACCAAGUUGCUUUGGAUAAAAGAGUCUGUAAAGUGUAUAAAGCAAUCUAAAUUUCUUUCAACAUUUGCUUACCCUGUAAUUUCAUAACAUAUGUAGACGAUUGACACAAAGAGCCUGUUUUUCUUCAUGUGAAAAGAUACCGGAUCAGCUGGAUCUAGCCGUGGAUGUGGGAUGUGGAUCUGGCCAGGGUACGUAGCUGUUGGCACCUUAUUUUCUCACAGUGGUCGGGAUAGAUAUCAGUCGAGCUCAACUUGAGAUAGCUGAUAGUGAAGAACAUGCUCCAAAUGUGUGUUACAGAGAGAGUACUGCAGAGGAUCUUCCCUUUGAGGACGAAUCAGCUGACUUGGUUACAUCUUUUUCAGCCGCUCACUGGUUUGACCAUCCACGUUUUCUCCGAGAGGCAGACAGAAUUUUGAGGCCAGGGGGCUGUCUAGCUCUGCUUAGCUAUACUAUGGAUUUUGAGCUGGAAUAUGGAGACAAAACCCCUAAACUGAAUGAAAUCUGUCAAGAGCUCUAUGCAGCCCUGCAGCCUUAUCGGAAAGCUUACAUUGGAUCCAGUUCUUUGCAAGUCUACAAGAAUAUUUAUGACUGUGUUUCAUACAGAGAUAAAGAGUGGCAUGAAUGUCUAAGGAGUCCAGUACUUAUGCCACUGUCCAGGUUCAUUGGUUUGGUUGAAUCGUUCUCAACCUAUCAAGGUUUUUUGGAAAAGGAUCCUGAAGCCAAGAACCUGUCCAAGCACAUAACAGAACGAUUGUUGAACGAAAUGGGGGCUUCGUCCACCGACACAGAAGUGACGGUUGUGGUGAAAUACUUCUAUUUAUUAGCCUCUAAACCAGAGACUUCCUAGAAUUUCAUUUGAACUGAAAACAGUUUUGGCUUGGACAUUUUGACUUAAAUGCAGAUUGAAAUGUACUUUUCAAUAAAAGUCAUGUCUUGUUUUUA